GUCACGAGUAACACAAAGACAAAACUCUCUCUUUCUGACUUAACACAGUACUCAUAAAUCAGAGCCAUUCAAAAUAAGCUGUUUUCAGUUGGUUCAAUUUUAGAGCUUUUUUUCUUAAACUCCUUCAUUAUUUUCUCCCUUAAUCUUUCCUCUGCAAAAAUCUUUUUACUAUGGUUUCCUUGAAAUUAGCUUUUUUAGCACUCCCAUAUUUUUUCCUUUUUUCUCUUAAUUUUCAAGUCCAUGCUCUUAAUAUUGGUGUUCAAUCCUCUCUUCAAUUGAGUAAAGAAUGCAGUAGGAAAUGUGAAUCUGAAUUUUGUUCAGUGCCUCCAUUUUUGAGGUAUGGCAAAUAUUGUGGACUUCUAUACAGUGGAUGUCCAGGAGAGAAGCCAUGUGAUGGGUUGGAUGGUUGUUGUAUGAGCCACGACAUUUGUGUCCAAGCUAAAGGCAAUGAUUAUCUAAGUGAAGAAUGCAGCAAAAAAUUCAUAGAUUGCAUGGACAGAUUUAAGGCAGCAGGAGGACGUACUUUCAAAGGCAGUACAUGCAAUGCUAACGAUGUUAUUGAAGUCAUUAAAAUAGUAAUGGAAGCUGCUUUACUUGCUGGCAGAGUUCUUAAGAAGCCUUGAAAUUUUUUUAUUUUGGAUUUGGAUUAAUUGUGUAGGCAAUUAAAUUGUAUUUCGUUUUGAUAAUAAAGUGAAGAUUAAUUCAGAUGCUAAGUAAGAAUUGAACUCCUAAUUAAUGAUAUUUUUCCGCAAUGUAACUUGUAUUAGGGGUAUAUACGCUUUACUCUUCGUUUUUAUGUUGUUUAAUUUAAUAUUGACUUUUAUGAUUGUAA